ACCACUCCCUGGUCAAUGUGGGACAGCUGUGGUUGGGAGAGCCAGCUGUUGGAGACGGGCUUUCUGGCCAUUUUCUUGUGUCCUGUAUGGACUCUGUCCCAGAUCCCCCGCCGCUGUCCCCCCUCCCUCAUCUGCAUCUGGACCUUCAGAUGGCUCAUUGUUCGCAUCAUGCUGGGAGCGGGUCUCAUUAAAAUCAGAGGCGACAAAUGCUGGAGAGACCUGACCUGCAUGGACUAUCACUAUGAGACCCAGCCAGUUCCAAACCCUGUGUCCUACUACUUGCAUCGCUCCCCGUGGUGGUUCCAUCGCUUUGAAACCUUGUCAAAUCAUUUCAUAGAGCUCAUUGCCCCCUUCUUUACCUUCCUUGGCAGACGGAUGUGCAUGGUCAAUGGAGUGAUCCAGAUCCUGUUCCAGGUUGUUCUUAUUUUAAGUGGAAACCUCAGUUUCCUCAACUGGCUGACCAUAGUUCCAAGUCUGGCCUGUUUUGAUGAUAAAUCACUGGCCUUUUUGUUUCGCUCUGGAGCCAAGAAAACAGUCCUGGAGAUACAGAAUGAAGCUAGAGCUGGACGUCCUCCUAAACCCACCAGAGGUAUACUGAUGCGUCGAGUGGUGAAUGUAUCGUUGGCUGUUCUGAUUGGCUACCUCAGCAUUCCUGUGGUGAUGAAUCUGUUGAGUUCAAGGCAGGUGAUGAACACCUCAUUUGACCCGCUGCGCAUCGUCAACACGUAUGGAGCCUUUGGAAGCAUCACCAAAGAACGGACCGAGGUGAUUUUCCAGGGCACUCUGGCCAAAGAUCCCAAAGACCCUGAGGCCAUAUGGGAGGAGUACCAGUUCUUGUGUAAGCCGGGAGACGUUAACCGGCGGCCGUGCCUCAUAUCGCCGUACCACUACCGACUGGACUGGCUCAUGUGGUUCGCUGCAUUCCAGACCUAUGAACAGAGCGAGUGGGUGAUCCACAUAGCAGGUCGUCUUCUUGCCAAUGACAGCACUGUCCUUUCACUGAUGGACCACAAUCCAUUCCAGGACAGAGGAACUCCCAGGUGGGUUAGAGGAGAACAUUUCAGAUAUAAGUUCAGCCAGCCGGGCAGUUCCCGUGCAGCGCAGGGGAAGUGGUGGCUGAGGAAACGCAUUGGAGCCUACUUCCCUCCUGUGGACCUGGAAGGACUCAGGGGCUAUUUCCAGUCCAGGAACUGGCCACAUCCACACAUACCACAGAAGAAGAGCUAG